AUGGCGGACGUCAUGGUAAUGAAGGAGAUUGAAGACACGGCGCUACGUCUCGGCGUCGAUAUCUCCACUCUCGAUCUUGAUUCCAUUCGUCUUCCUCCUGGAGAAAAUUACGGAAUCGUCAGCGAUGACGAGGAAGUUUACCUGGAGGAUAAUCUCGAGUUCGAGUCUGGAUUUGGCAACAUCAUUGUUGUGGAUAACCUACCUGUUGUACCGAAGGAGAAGUUUGAAAAGCUCGAAGGAGUUGUUCGAAAAAUUUAUAGUCAGAUUGGUGUUAUUAAAGAAGAUGGCCUUUGGAUGCCUGUUGAUCCUGAGACUGAUAAAACCCUAGGUUAUUGCUUCAUUGAAUACAAUACUCCUCAGGAAGCAGAACUUGCUAAGGAGAAAACCCAUGGAUACAAAUUGGAUCGUGCACAUAUAUUUUGUGUGAGCAUGUUCGAUGAUUUUGACAGGUUCAUGAAGGUUCCCAAUGAGUGGGCUCCUCCUGAGACUAAGCCGUAUGCUCCUGGGGAAAAUCUUCAACACUGGCUAACUGAUCCAAAGGCCAGGGACCAGUUUGUUAUUCGUGCUGGUUCUGAUACUGAGGUUUUGUGGAAUGAUGCAAGGCAUUUGAAGCCUGAUCCUGUUUAUAAGCGUGCAUAUUGGACUGAAAGUUUUGUCCAAUGGUCUCCUCUGGGGACAUACUUGGCCACAGUUCACAGACAGGGUGCAGCUGUCUGGGGAGGUUCUACAAGCUUUAACAGGCUUAUGCGAUAUGCACAUCCUCAGGUAAAACUUAUUGAUUUUUCACCUGGUGAAAAGUAUCUGGUAACUUAUAGUAGCCAUGAACCAAGCAAUCCUCGGGAUGCCAAUAGGGUUGUGAUUAAUAUAUUUGAUGUGAGAACUGGCAAAGUGAUGAGGGACUUUAAAGGUAGUGCUGAUGAUUUUGCAGUUGGAGGGGCUGGGGGUGUCACAGGUGUUUCGUGGCCUGUUUUCAAAUGGAGUGGUGGAAGAGAUGAUAAAUACUUUGCAAGGAUGGGAAAAAACAUACUAUCUGUGUAUGAGACAGAGACCUUUUCUCUCGUUGACAAGAAGUCCUUGAAGGUUGAAAAUAUAAUGGAUUUCUGCUGGUCUCCUACUGAUCCAAUUAUUGCUCUCUUUGUCCCUGAGAUGGGGGGUGGUAAUCAGCCUGCAAGGGUAAGUCUGAUUCAAGUCCCCAGCAAAGAAGAACUCAGGCAGAAGAACCUUUUCAGUGUCAGUGACUGCAAGAUGUACUGGCAAAGCAAUGGAGACUACCUUGCUGUCAACGUAGAACGCUAUACCAAAACGAAAAAAAGCACAUAUACAGGCUUUGAGCUUUUCCGUAUAAAAGAGCGAGACAUACCAAUUGAAGUAUUGGAGCUCGAGAAUAAGAAUGAUAAGAUCAUUGCAUUUGCUUGGGAGCCUAAAGGCCAUAGGUUUGUGGUUAUUCAUGGUGAUAACCCUAAGCCUGAUGUAAGCAUUUAUUCCAUGCGUACUGGUCAGAACAGUCGAGUUUCAAAACUCACUACUCUGAAAGGCAAGCAAGCAAAUGCUCUAUUUUGGUCGCCUGCAGGUCGAUACAUUGUACUAGCUGGAUUGAAAGGUUUCAAUGGGCAGUUAGAAUUUUACAAUGUUGAUGAACUUGAGACCAUGGCUACUGCCGAACAUUUUAUGGCAACUGAUAUAGAAUGGGAUCCAACUGGAAGGUAUGUUGCAACGGCUGUGACUUCCGUUCAUGAAAUGGAAAAUGGUUUCAAUAUAUGGUCUUUCAACGGCAAGCAUUUAUAUCGAAUUCUUAAGGAUCACUUUUUUCAGUUUUUGUGGAGACCAAGGCCACCAUCUUUCUUGAGCUCCGAGAAAGAGGAGGAGAUUGCCAAGAACUUGAAGAAGUACAGCAAGAAAUAUGAGGCAGAAGAUCAAGAUGUUUCGCUGCUGCUGAGUGAGCAAGAGCGUGAGAAGCGGAGGAUGUUGAAAGAAGAUUGGGACAAAUGGGUCAAUGACUGGAAGCGGAUGCACGAAGAAGAGAGCUUAUAUAGACAAAAGCUUAGGGACGGCGAAGCUAGCGAUGAAGAGGAAGAAUACGAGGCUAAGGAUAUUGAAGUGGAGGAAGUCAUCCAUGUAUCAAAAGAGGUUCUUCACCUUGAGUACGGCCAAGAAUGA